AUUUACGCCUCCACACUGUAAAAUAACCCUCACCCCUCCUUCAUUCUCUUCCGUUCCCUCUCAUCUCUCCUUCUUUCUCUCACUAAAAAUUUGCUGAUCUGAAUACGGAAACCUGAUGUUUUUGGAAAGAGAUUUGAGUUUUUGACGUUAAUGCGAGUUUGCUCUUUUGAUGAAGCCGCCUUGGAUCGUUGUUUCAGUUGAUUAGUUUUCUCAACUUCUGUUGCAAGCACACUAUUCUUUCCACGCCAAACAUGGAUACUUCCGAGAUUGAGGAAAAUUUACUCUUCAUUGGCGAGCCGAAGUUACACGGGGAAAUGUGCAAGAGCCUAUGUGCUAUGUAUGUUAAAGUGUUGACGAUAUUUCCCGACCUAGAAGGAGCUCGGCCAAGGAGUACGUCUGGCAUUCAGGCACUGUGUGCUCUGCACAUAGCACUUGAGAAGACCAAGAAUGUUUUACAACACUGUGCCGAUUGUAGUAAACUUUAUUUGGCAAUCACUGGAGACUCUGUUGUUUUGAAAUUUGAGAAGGCAAGAUGUGCCCUAGAAGAUAGCUUAAAGCGAGUUGAAGAUAUUGUUCCACAAGCCAUUGGUGGUCAGAUUGCUGAAAUUUUAGUUGAACUCGGAAGGAUUGAGUUCUCACUUGAUCCAGUGGAGAAGCAAAUUGGUGAUGAAAUCAUUGCAUUGCUCCAACAGGGGAGAAACUUCAACAGCUGUUCUAAUGACAACAAUGAGCUUGAAUCUUUUCACCAAGCUGCUGGUAAACUGGGUAUCACCUCUUCGAGAGCAGCACUUAGAGAGAGAAGGGCAUUGAAGAAACUCAUAGAAAGAGCCCGGGCUGAGGAAGACAAAAGAAAAGAGUCGAUUAUUGCUUAUCUUCUGCAUCUGAUGAGAAAGUACUCAAAGUUGUUCAGAAGUGAGUUGUCAGAUGACAAUGACUCACAGGGUUCAACACCUUGCUCGCCAACUGUCCAAGGAUCUUUGGACGAUGGUGUUGUGCUUGGACGCAAUGGUUGUGCUUUUGAUCGGCAACUUUCAAAACUGAGUUCUUUCAAUUUCAAGCCACACUUCAGGAGAUCAGAGCAUAUGCCUGUCCCUCCAGAAGAGUUAAGGUGUCCAAUAUCGUUGCAACUUAUGUAUGACCCAGUUAUUAUAGCUUCUGGACAAACAUAUGAAAGGAUUUGCAUAGAAAAAUGGUUUGGUGAUGGGCACAAUACUUGUCCGAAAACUCAGCAGCAGCUCCCUCAUCUUUCUUUGACUCCCAAUUAUUGUGUUAAGGGUCUGGUUGCUAGUUGGUGUGAACAGAAUGGGGUUCCUAUUCCAGAUGGACCACCAGAGUCACUCGAUCUCAACUACUGGAGACUAGUGUUGUCAGAAAGUGACUCAGCAAAUUCAAAAUCAUUGGAAAGUGUUGGUUCAUGCAAGUUCAAGGGCGUUAAGGUGGUACCAUUGAAUGACAGUGGUAUCAUCGAGGAGGCUGAAGGAAAUGAAGAGGAAGCUGUUUCCUCACAGGAGGAUGAUUGUGAAGCUCAUGCAUUUGAAAGAUAUGAGGACUUUUUGAAAAUUUUAGAAGAGGAUGACCUGAUGAAGAAAAUCAAAGUGGUGGAGCAAAUAAGGCAUUUGCUAAAAGAUGAUGAAGAAGCCAGGAUUUAUAUGGGGGCUAAUGGUUUUGUGGAAGCAUUGCUAGGCUUUCUGGAGUCUGCUGUCUCGGCCAGGAACAAGAUGGGUCAGGAAGUUGGAGCUAUGGCACUCUUUAACCUUGCUGUAAAUAAUAACAGAAACAAAGAAUUGAUGUUGGCAGCAGGAGUACUUCCAAUAUUGGAGAAAAUGAUUGCUAAUACUGAUGCUGUUGGAGCAGCAACAGCUCUUUACCUGAAUCUUUCUUGUCUUGAGGAGGCGAAGCCCGUUAUUGGAAGUAGCGAGGCUGUACCUUUCUUGAUCUGGGUCCUUAAGAAUGAAAGUGACGAGCAAUGUAAGCUUGACGCCCUCCAUGCCCUCUAUAACAUUUCCAGUAGUCCUGCAAAUAUCCCUCAGCUUCUGACAGCUGGCAUAAUUGAUGCUCUCCAAGCUCUUAUUACACAUCCGAGCGACCACACGUGGACUGAGAAAUGCAUUGCUGUGUUAAUCUAUUUAGCUUCAAGCAAAACCGCAAGAGACCAGAUUAUAGUGGUUCCCGGUCUCAUUAGUGCGCUUGCUACUAUUCUGGAUGUCGGUGAACCAGUUGAACAAGAACAAGCAGCAGCAUGCCUUCUGAUAUUAUGUAAUUCAAAUGAGACAUGCAGCCAAAUGGUCCUUCAAGAAGGGGUGAUACCUUCCCUGGUCUCAAUUUCAGUGAAUGGAACAGUGAGAGGGAAACAGAAAGCACAGAAGCUUCUAAUGCUGUUCCGUGAGCAGCGGCAGCGAGACCCAUCACCUGUUCCUACUAGGCCAAGGCCGGAGAGUACUGAGGUGUCCUUGCCUGCUCAAGAUUCAAAGCCUCUAUCCAAGUCAGUCUCGAGAAGAAAAGUUGGGAAGGCAUUUAGUUUCUGGCGGAAGAACAAGAGCUUCUCCGUAUACCAGUGUUAAAAACUGAUGCUAGCUUAGUUCUCUGGUUCCUGCUGUAAAGUUCUGCUGUUCUUGUCGUAUUUUCUGCUUCAUUUUGAGGCUUUGCGUCUUUUCGGUUCUCCUUUGUAGGGAUGUAGAAGGGAUCUGCCUGGCCGGUGGGUGCUGUGGAACCCUAGGAUGAUAGUUCACGUAUUAGUAUAAAUUACCGUAGAAGAUCAAUGCGUUCAAAGGAAUUUUUAGCCAAAGUUAGGUGUGAAUAGUUUGUUGUAAAUCCUGGGGAUUCAGCUGUGCAGCUGACAACUAUUUUGAUAUAAGCCACAUAUAUAUAUCAUAAAAUUCAGAAUUGAGCUCCAGAUUUAAGCGUGUCUUCUGCAUGAAUGAAAGCAUGGACAGUUUAGGACAGCACAAAACGACAUUUUCCAGUCUGUGUUCCACAUUUAGUUUCUGCCUCUUAGGGGUUUCCGGGACAAUCAUGUUGCUACCAGCCGUAUGUACGUGUUUGCAUUCUUUGAUAUAUUUGCCUGCUCCAAGUAAAUGUAGGAAUCUCAACAAUGAAAUAACAAGAAACAAGACACAGAAAAGCACUAGAUACAGAUGAUGUAUUGAUUUUUGGGAAUAUAUCUGUAUUGAUUUUAUGGCUUACGCUGUGCUCAAUGUAAGGGAGUAAUACUCUUUAUUUACGUUUUCAGUGUUUUGAUCGUAAGGGAGUAGUACUCCUCAUUUAUGACUUUUUGAGUAAAUUUAGGGAGUAGCGCUCCCUGUUGUAAUAAUUUUAACUCUUACUUUAAUAUAGUAGGAUUGUGGACUCUGAAAAGCUCCCCCACCCCUGGGUGAUUUAAUCAAAGAAAAAAA